AAUGCAAACCACGGUGACUACAUUCAACGCAUUGGUGCAUGCUGCAAUAUCCAUAGAAUGUUUUCUCUUUUAUUUCAUAUUUUAAUGAGAAAGUAUGGUAUAAAAAAUCACACACUUUUUCAUGUGUACUAUGGGAAUUUCAUGGCCACUAAAUACAGAAAGAAUGUUGUCGACAGACUAACUAUAUUGCUGGGUUUCAGUGGUGGCUUACUGAGUCUGUUCACUGGCUUUAGCUUCAUGGCAGGUUUUGAGGUAAUUUACAUCUUCACAUUGCAACUUAUGUACGUAGGUCAUCCACCUGACACGAAAGAUAACAGGACUGCUCCUUUCCAAUGUAGAAGAAACUUAAACAAGAAAUAA